CCACUGGAAAACCAUCCCGGCGUCCACCCAUUCACUCGCGGCGGCGGCGGCGGUUGUUGACCAUGUCGGCAGGGAGCGAGCGCUCGAACGCCGCCUACGCGACCCCGGCGGCCGUCCUGGCGGACUUCUCGCGCGGAUCCGGCCCGUCCGUCUCCGGCGGCGCCGCGGGUACCGGCACCGGCAGCGGGAGGAGCCAGGCGGAGGGCGGGGCGAGGAAGAAGCCCCCUCUCCGCCUCGCGGCGGACGACACCAAGCCCGUGCUCCGCGACCCGAUCUCGCGGUCCGACCCCAUGGAGACCGAGCAGGCCGUGCUGCGGCUGCCGCCCUUCCCCUGACGCCUUGACGAUGACGGUGUAUGAAUACGGACUGUGUUGUGGCGGCACCACUCUGGGCGGACAUGGUCCGGUCCCUGAUCUAGCCGCUGUUUGGACCGGCCGUCGGGGGUUCGAACCGGACCGGACCAGACCGAAGAGCAUCGCGGUCAAGUUUUCGAGGACCAGACCAAUCGUGGAGAAGCCUAGGUGAGACCAAGCGGACCGGCCAUGGUGAUGGCGAACAGCAGCAGCCUAGGUUGGCGCAAGGCGGUAGGCUACGAGACACGAGGAGGCGAGAGAGGAGGGGAAACAAUUGCGUGAUCACGAUGAGCUUGGUUAAGAUGCCGGGGAGCCAGGGAAUCGACGAUGAUAAUGAAUUCAUGGUUGUAGGCGGCAGCCAUGGUCGGAGAAGAGAUGAUGCACAUGUCAUCUCUUCGGCGUUCCAGAGCAAUUCGUCAUGCAUGGAUCAAUAUGGCAAUGUGGUGGACGACUAUUGUGUGGAGGUGGCAGCGGCGACUAUCGUGUGAAGGCAAAGGCGGGUGUGGAGAAGCCCCAAUGUUGUAGGAUUUUUUUGUUUUUUGUUUGAGAACCCUAAUGUCGUAGGACGAUGUGCAUAAGCUGCGUCAUCUGCGUGGGUUGUGACUGAUUCAUUGGGGCACGAGUUCUUUUCGCGGCCUAAAAAAUAAGCUGGCUCCUCCCGAGCUUCUCUCAUAAAUCGUCACUCGUUCAUUGGGGCUUCUGAGCUAGUUAUAGGAUAACUAGUUUAGAAGCCUUAUCAAAUUUAGGAAGGGGCUUAUUUUUUAUGAUUCUGGGGUACUAGGCUCCAUGUUCAACAAAGCAAAGCAUUUGCGUAGGCAUAAUUUUACUGAAUUCCGCCCUAGAGCUUGUAAUAGGCCACCUCAUGUACUGGCCCCGUUCUCCUACGGGCCACAAUGCCAAUAUAUACGGAGUAGAAAGGCAGUUGUGACUAUGAUUUUGACAUCAACGCCCUCUUG